UCGAGGCUCAGAUCACUUCAGGAAACAGCAGCACAGAGAGUUUACAGAGAAAUGUGGUCGGACAAGAUCAAAGCAGCGAUAAGAUCAAGAAAUAACUGAACCAGAGGUGAACCACGACUGAACAGAGUUCUGGUCCGGCUCUGAGGGAUAAUGGCAGAGUCCAAGUUGGUCCAGCUGUUGGAGAGACAUGAGUCCUUGAUAAAAAGUCGCCCACAGAGUCUGUAUCGCACCAGGUCUGUGAAUGAAGUGCACAGGAGCACAGAGCAGAGCUCUUCACACCAUACAUCCAGCCCAGAGUCACAUUAUGAACCUGUUCCAGUGUGGAGCCAUGGCUCCAUGACUCAACCUAUUUUCUUCAAGGAUGGACUUUCAGCCAAUCAGAGCUCGGAGACAGAAUCCAGACCUGACUCACUCCCCAGAGGAAUGUCAAUCAAAAGUGACGCCUCCAUGAGGGAUCGCAUGUUGUUCAAUAAAGAACCUCUCUCAACCAAUCAGAGGGACACACGUCUCUCCUCUGUGACAGUCAGAAGUGAUGAUUCUACUAUGGAAACCAUUUUAGAAGAACAAUCAUAUGAGAGUUUGGUAGAGACACGUCCAGACCUUGACAAUGGAUCUAUUUUUAAGAAACUGGAGGAGCACAUUUUAAGUUUUGUUCAAAAUGAGCUGAGAAAGUUACAGGAAGUUCUAAUGGCAGAGGAACCAGAGUCCUUGGCAUUUGACGAGGACGACAAGGCAGGAAUUAAAGAAGCCUUUCUGAAGAUCGCCCUGAGCUUCCUCAAGACUUUGGACCAGGACGAAUUGGCUGAACGUUUACACAACAGACAAUGUGGUUCUGAACAUCGCAAUAAACUGAAGUCUGAUCUGCAGCAGAGGUUCAGCCAUGUGUUUGAGGGUGGGACUAAAGCAGGAAACUCCGUCCCCCUGACCCAGAUCUACACAGAGCUCUACAUCACAGAGGGCGGGGCCUCAGAGGUCAACCAGGAAGGUGAGGUCAGACACAUGGAGACCAUGUCCAGGAGACCUGCUUCUCUAGAGACCAUCAUCACAUGUGAAGACAUGUUUAAAGUCCAAAAGAUGUCAAACAGAGUGGUGUUGAUGAAGGGUGUGGCCGGCGUGGGGAAAACAGUGUUGACUCAGAAGUUCAGUCUGGACUGGGCUGAAGGCCGGGCCCACCAGGACUUCCAGCUGCUGUUCCCGUUCACUUUCAGAGAGCUCAAUGUGCUCAGAGAUAGACAGUUCAGCCUGGUGGGACUGCUGCACCACUUCCUAGGUCCAUCCAAAGGUCUCUGCAGGUUCCAACAUCUCCAGGUGCUCUUCAUCUUUGAUGGUCUGGACGAGUGCAGACCUCCUCUGGACUUCAGUCGAACCCGCGUCCUGAGAGACACCACAGAGAUCACCUCAGUGCACGUGCUGCUGGUGAACCUCAUCAGAGGAAGCCUGCUUCCCUCCGCUCACCUCUGGAUAACCACACGACCCGCAGCAGCCAAUCAGAUCCCUGCUGAGUGCAUCUCCAUGGUGACAGAGGUGCGAGGGUUUACUGAUGCACAGAAGGAGCAGUACUUCAGGAAGAGGUGCAGAGACCAGGCCACAGCCAUCAUCUCCCACAUCAAGAGCAUCCGCAGCCUCCACAUCAUGUGCAGAAUCCCAGUCUUCUGUUGGAUCCUCUCCACGGUUCUACUGAAGCUUCUGGAACAAACAGAGGAACCAGAGUUGCCCCGGACUCUCACAAACCUCUACAUCCACUUCCUGGUGGUGCAGCUUAAACAGAAGAACAUCAAAUACGAUGACAAACUGGAGACAGGUUCUGCCUGGUCUGCUGAAAACAAGAAGAUGGUUCAGUCUCUGGGACGACUGGCUUUUGAGCAGCUGCAGAAAAACAACCUGAUCUUCUAUGAGAAUGACCUGAGUGAAUAUGGGCUGGACGCUACAGUGGCCUCUGUUUACUCUGGAGUAGUGACAGACCUCUUCAAAGGUGAGAGGGGCCUCUAUGAAGACCAUGUCUACAGCUUCAUCCACCCGAGUGUACAGGAGUUUCUGGCUGCUCUUCACGUCCAUCACACCUUCUUCAGCUCUGGAGAGAACCUGCUGCUGAAGAGACAGGCUUCUUUGAACAUAGGUAGAAAAAGAGCAAAGACUGUAGUUUUUUACUGCUCUGCUGUGGACCAGGCCUUACAGAGUCCAAAUGGACACAUGGACCUGGACCUGGACCUGUUCCUGCGCUUCCUCCUGGGGCUGUCUCUGGAGGAGAACCAGAAGCUGCUGCGAGGUCUGACAAAGCGAAAAACAAGUUCACAAAAUAACCAAAAGACCACUGACUACAUCAAGAAGAAGUUGGAUGAGGGUCAGUCUCCAGACAGAAGCAUGAACCUGUUCCACUGUCUGAAUGAACUGAACGACCGCAGUCUGGAGAAGGAGAUACAGAAGUACAUGAGAGCAGAGCGUCUGUCCUGGUUAAGCUCUCCAGCUGAAUGGUCAGCUGUGGGCUUCAUCUUACUGUCCUCAGGCUUGGAUCUGGAGGAGUUUGACCUUAGAAAACUCUAUCCCUCAGAGACAGCUCUCGUGGGUCUGCUGCCAGUGGUCAAAGCCUCCACUAAAGCCCUUCUGAUUGGUUGUGGCCUGUCCCCUCGCAGCUGUGGUCUUCUGGCCUCAGUUCUCAGCUCCUCCAGUCUCACACACCUGGAUCUCAGUGACAACGACCUCCAGGACUCAGGAGUGGAGCUGCUGUGUUCUGGGCUCAACAGCACCUCCUGCAAAAUUGAGACACUCAGGCUUUGUGGCUGUGGUCUGUCCUCUCGCAGCUGUGGUCUUCUGGCCUCAGUUCUCAGCUCCUCCAGUCUCACACACCUGAAUCUCAGUGACAACAACCUCCAGGACUCAGGAGUGGAGCUGCUGUGUUCUGGGCUGAAGAGCGCCCCCUGCAGCCUGGUGGCUCUCAGUCUGUCUGGAUGUCUGGUCUCAGAGGAGGGCUGUACACAUCUGAACUCGGCUCUGAACUCAAACCCCUCCCACCUGGAGGAGCUGGAUCUGAGCUACAACCACCCAGGACAGACAGGGGGGCAGCUCCUGCAGGCUCUGGUCAGGGAGCCCCGCUACAAGCUACGAUCACUCAAACUGGACCCCUGUGGACCGCAGUGGUUAAAACCAGGUUUUAAGAAGUACUCCGUGGGUCUCACGUGGGACAUGGACUCUGUCCACCCCAGACUGAGGUUCUCUGACAGAAAGACCGCAGUGAUGAGUGUGAACGAUAAUGAACCGUACCCAGAGCAUCCCGACAGGUUCGACUGGUUCUAUCAGCUGCUGUGUGCUGAGGAGCUGUGUGGGCGGAGCUACUUUCAGGUGCAGUGGAGCGGACAUGUCCAUGUGGCUGUGACGUACAGAGGACUGCAGAGGAAAGGGAAGAUGAAUGGAGCUUAUUUAGGAAGAAAUGAACAGUCCUGGUGCCUCUUCUGCUCUGAUGAAGGCUUCUCUGUUUGGCACAACGAUCAGGAGACAGUCCUGCCACACAGACCCGGCUCUCGGACUGUGGGGGUGUACGUGGACUCAGACGCCGGGGUCCUGUCCUUCUAUUGUGUGGCUGACAAACUAACACUGCUCCACAGCUUCAGCACAACCUUCACUCAGCCUCUGGUCCCUGCCUUUGGGUUCAGGUUCAACUCUCAGGGUUCAUUAGUGGUUCUGUGUUCCACUGAAGACCACAACCAAAUAAGACAUAGAACUGAACCAACUCUAUGAGUGUCUGGAAAACAAAGACUAAACUUACACCCCAGUUUAAAGCUACAAUGUUUUAUUUUAUUUCUUGAAUUACUUGUUCUUAUGAAAAUUACAUUACAGUUUGUGUAAGCAGGAAUGAGAAAUGUGGAAAUGCCUACGGACACUAUGGACAUUGGACAUUUAGACUUGACUUAAUAUGGACAAUUUGUAAAUUACUUUGCUUGUCAUAAUUAUUAUGUAAAUACACGUUGUGAAAAGACAAUAAAAUACAAAUGAAAAAAAAAGAAAAAAAGAACUGAACCAACUCACUGAAGGACUUAUUAUACUAGGAGUUAUU